CGGACGAGAGAAGGAACGAUUUGGCGCCUCAGGCAGAGUGCUACGCAGUUGUUUGGGGGAUUCAACACUUCCAUCCGUAUCUGUACGGAUAGAAGUUCCUCCUCGUCACGGACCAUGAGCCCCUGAUGGCUCUUAAGAGACUUACUAACUACAAGGGUAUGAUCGAACGUUGGGUUGUGCGAUUGCAAGAGUAUGAUUUCCACAUCGUCCACAGGAAGACUGAGAAGCACGUUGCGGGGUUGGGCCGUGGAGAUCACGGCCACGUGGAUCGAGUUGUUGGCUCGACCGGGGGAAAGGAUCGUAACCUCGAACGAUAUAGAUCUCCGAUUCCGCACCUCCAGCAGCACGCCGGAGAUCCUUUACCCGGAGCUCCUUCCCUUUGCGCAGCCCCAAUGGACUGUCAUCGUCUCGCCCUCUUCAACCUUCUGUCUGAUCUCCGCAGCUUCUGGAAAUUUGCUAUCGAUCACGCCCUCUCUUUCUGGAUCUGGGAGCUCAGUGUACCGAUCUUGGAUGAAGACAAGUGGAACGAGUGGUGGGACGCUUACGUGGAACUCGGCUUCUGUUUGGUGGGGGUGGUGUUUCACUGGGCAAAGCCGGCCCCAGAUGCUGAAGGGGUUGAGGUUCAGGACGACGAGGUGGAACUGUUGAUUGCGCAGGCUUGGGGGACGGAUACGGAGGGGGAAUUGCUAAGGAUAUUAUUCGGCAAGGUGGAAGAAGGCCAUCACGAUGCAAUCACGCAUGAGUUGUUGGUGUUUUUAGUGCAGCUGGUGGACGAUUUACCCCUCGACAUCCUGUCGAGGUGUGACGAGAAGCUGGAGACGGACGUGCUCACUCGCACGCUUGCGCCGCAUCUGUUGUGGUCCACGUGUACGGAGUUGGACGGGGAUAACUGCUUUUACCCGUCCCCGAGCCUCUAUCUCGAAAUCGACGUCGCCGAUCUCACACUGUGGGACCGUUUUAUCCGGCGAGGAAACGCGCAAGGAGUCGGUGAUGGAGAUGACAAAGAAGAAGAAGAGGCAGAGGAGGAAGAGUCGGGCACCGAUCGGGACGAUCCCGAAUACAUAUGCUCAGAGGAAGAAGAAGAGGCGACGGGAGAGGGAAGUGGAUCGGGAGAGCCGAGUGGCCGUCCCAGGCGAAGCAAAGAGGAGGAAGAAGCCGAAGCUCAAAGGAGGCGGGAAAAAGCGAAGGGCAAGCGGCCAGUCGAAAAAUCCGAAAGGCCGCCACCACAUCCACUGCUAGACGAUCCAUCGCUAAAUCCGGAGCCACCGCACGAAGAGUCCGAAGGAAAUGGAGCCGCGGCAGAGGGAUCAGGGAGCCGACGCCGCCGAAGGAGCGAAUCAUCGGCUCCGCCUUCUCCGCCAUCCAGAGCCACUCUUCACCUUCGUCGAAAUGCGGGCAAUCGGGCUUUGUCCCUGGUCGUUAUCCCGUCGUCCCCGUGACUUCCUCACUCCUCACCAACUCCUGGGUCGACCCUCUUUCCCUAAUGGAUGGUGCCCUUUCCCGCCCCCUCU